AUGAGCGCAGCAGAACUAGUCAGACAUUUGCGAAGGAUCUUCUCGACUCACGGAUUACCGGAUAUUGUCGUAUCCGACAAUGGGACUUCAUUCACUGCAUUAGAGACCGCAAACUUCCUGAGAAGGAAUGGCAUCAAACACGUCUUCUCUCCACCAUAUCAUCCGCAGUCGAACGGCGUGGCCGAACGAAUGGUGCAGACAGUGAAGAAUAAGCUUCGCCAGCUGCGGCGCGACAAUCUUGAAUGUCGUUUGUCACGAUUGCUGUUUACACUGCGGGCGAUGCCAUCGGCGACCACUGGGAAGACUCCAGCGGAACUCCUCAUGAAUCGACGAUUGAAGACACUACUUCAUCAGGUUCAGCCGGUAACCAAUGCCACGAAAGAGCAGCGGUGCAAGGAGGACACUCCGAAGUUUCAAGUGGGAGACGAAGUCUUCGUGCGACACUACACUGGAGGCAAUAAGUGGGUACCUGCGACAGUAAUGCGUACCCAGGGUGCCUGUAUCCAUGAGCUGAGACGUAGUAACGGUGGCCUUCAACGAGCUCACAUCAAUCAAAUACGAAAACGAUGCACGCAACGGACCGAGAGCGAUAGGUCUGAUGGCGACUGGUUGUGGUUACCGACUCCACCAUUAGAACAAGAGAUCGACAAUACGUUCAGGGACUGUGGUGCCAGCCCUUCGUCUCCUGUGUGCCGACCAAAGAGAACUCGGCGUAAGCCAGACUUCUACGGUGUAGGUGUCUCCGGCUAG